CUCUGGAGAGAGAAAAGAGAAAUAGUCUUAGAGAGAGAGAGAGAGAGAGAGAGAGUGUGUGUCUGGGGAGGCGCAAAUCUGAUUGAAAAACAAUUCCUUAAUCUAGGAGAUUAACAUAGAAAGAAGGGCGCGACAACGGUCUCUCAUUAUUUUGAUGUUCUCCGCAGAAAAAGAUCAUGUUUUUUGUGUUUAUUCCGUCUGUAAAUAGAUAUCUAUACACGUAUUGUUGCAUGCAAAAAAAUUCACUUGAGAAACGAUGGAUAUAGUGAAGAGGAGAAGAGUAAAGGAGACGUGAAUCGAGCUCUACCUUUUGGGAAUUAGCAAUGGCGGACGAUCUCUGUUUCUGGGCCAAGGAUAGCUUGACUGUGAAACAUCCUAAGAAAAAUCCUCUGGCAUUGAGGAUGCUGGUUUUGAUGUUCGUGCUGGUGUGUGGAGUUUACAUAUGUGCAGUCUGUCUUAAGCAAAUUGGCGGGCACGCGACUAAGGGGUUGUUGAGUUUUUCGGUGGCUGAGAGGCCUUGUGAUGUAACGGAUAUCGAUCCCUCUGAGAAGCCCUAUGUACAUUUCCCCGAACCAGAGACUUUUAGCAGGGAAGAAUGUGCUUGCAAUCCUGUACGUUACUUUGCAAUAUUGUCCACGCAGAGGUCUGGGAGUGGAUGGUUUGAGACGUUGCUGAACAGUCAUAAGAACAUUAGCUCCAAUGGGGAGAUUUUCUCAGUUAAAGUUCGAAGAAGUAACAUGUCCACAAUCGUGGAAACAUUGGAUAAGAUUUAUAAUCUAGAUUGGUUUACAAGUGCCUCAAAAAAUGAGUGUACAGCUGCAGUUGGAUUGAAAUGGAUGCUUAACCAGGGACUAAUGCAACAUCAUGAAGAAAUAGUGGAAUACUUCAACUCUAAAGGAGUUUCUGUAAUUUUUCUUUUUAGACAGAAUCUGCUGCGUCGUAUGAUUUCCAUCCUAGCAAAUUCUUUCGACCAGAACGCCAAGCUACUGAAUGGCACUCACAAGUCUCACGUUCACUCAACCCAUGAGGCCGAGAUACUUGCCAGUUACAAGCCAGUUGUUAACACAAAUUUGCUUAUACCGAGCCUGAGGCAAGUGGAAGAUCUCGUUAAUAAAUCAAUGGAGUAUUUUAAAAGCACCCGCCAUAUCAUCCUCUACUACGAGGAUAUAAUAAACAAUCGGACUAAAUUAGUCGAUGUUCAGAACUUUCUGAGGGUUCCUCUCCAGGAGCUGAGUAGCCGACAGGUGAAGAUACACAAAGGGUCGUUGUCUUCGCAGGUCGAAAACUGGGGAGAGAUCGAGAAGACACUCAAGGGGUUAGAUUUCUUCCACCCGUCGUGAAAUCCAAUCGGCAAUUCCUCCAUCGCGAUUCCUCCUCCUGCAGCUGCAAGUCCUCCAUCCCAUCGCUAUUCCUACUCCUCCAUCUGCAAUUCUCCAUCCCGUCCUCCUCCAGCUACAAUUCCUCCAUCCGAACAACAACGAUUUCACAUCUGCAAAAUUGUCGUGUUGGAGAAGGUUUUGGGCGGAAGCUCGCCGGAGAGCCCCAUCCCGGGGAAAUGGAGCUCGACAACGGAGGAAUUGUCCGGGGAGCAGUUGAAGCCUGACCAGGCGCAGGGGGUGGGGCUGGAGAGGUUCCAUAGGAGGACGCGGCCGCCGACGGCGGAGCAGAGCACGAUUAAGGCGGCGCGGUCGGAGGCGAUGUCAGGCGCGACGGAAUGGAAAAGGAACGCCGCCGCCGUCAAUAAGAGGAGGUGGAGUAUGCUGAAUUAAUCCAUCUCGCAGCAAAUGUAGGCAAUUUCUCCGCUGUUGUUGAAAUUUUGGAAGGAAUUUAAGAGGAACUUUGAAUUGAAUCACGCCAUUUAUAUGUUCUCUUAA